GUUGAUAAUUACUAUCAAAACGAAAUUGAAGUUAAAAUGAACCCGAAAUUUGCUGAAUCAGGCGCUGAAGAUGGCAUCACGAAAAGACAGUAUGACCCCGGUGGUUGUUAUAAAGAUGAAAACGCUCUUGGGAAAAUCAGCAAAAUUUGGAGUAAGAAAAUUGAUGACUUCAAGCGGAUGACCCAUAAGUCCAAAAGGAAAA